GUUUGGGCGGUGUGAGCUGGGGAGAAAAGAAAGCCAAGGUUUUUAGAAGUUGCCUCCAGCCUGCUUUUUUGCUUCUGUGGCUCUGCCUGACUGCCUCCCUGCCCAUCCUGCCUGCCCCACGUUCCAGCGCCCGUUAAGCUUGGCGGUGUCUUGUCACGACUCCUGGCUGAAGGCGACCACGGCCUCCCCCAGGCCCUGAUCUGCUGCUUCCUCCCCCUGACCCUGGGCUGGCCUUGGGGGUGCUGGCACUCACUGCAUCUGGGGUGUGGCCGGUGGGGGCGUGUGCUUCCUUCUCCUGCCUCCCCAGGCCACCCAGAACCGACCUGGGGAAUUCUUGCUGGUGGCCUGACUGGUUGGCCAGGAAGCAGCUGUCGGGGCUUUCCAGGGCCACCCAGUAUCUGCCUGAGCUGUGUCACAGCCAUCUCCUUGCAAGCCCAGGGACAGGCACACCCGGUGGAGUCCCCUGCCCCCGCCUCAGCUCAGCAUCAGGCUGAAGGGCGCUGGAGGAGGCCCCCCCGCGCCCCCGUCUAAGCAUUUGGUUGCCAGUCUCACUUGCACCUUCAUUUCCCUGAUUCCCCUGUGGCUGUUCAGACCAGGAGGCUCCAGGGAGCUCGUCCCCUGCCAUCGGUGGAAGUGGGAGCGUAGGCAGACCCCUGGGCACUGUGGUCCAGAUUCCCUGACAGCUUUACAGCCCAGGAGACUGGAGGGCCUGCUGUGGGCAGGCUGCCCCCGGCAUCUCUGCUGCCUCCCUGUGCCCCAGUGGGAGACCGGGCUUAUGAGCACCCGCUGCCGGAGGCUGGCAUGACUUGCCUGGGGAUGAGGUCCUAGGGAUGGUGCCAUCCGCUCUCCUGGAGCAGGGAGGGCCUUUUCUCUUACCUCCUACAUUGACUGUGCCCUUCACCCUGACCCAUGCCACUUGGGCCAGGCAGGACCUGGAGCCUCUGGCUCUCAUGGCACUCGGUGGAGGGCUGUUCCCACCUACCACACCUCCCUUGCUCCUUCCCUGGCAGCCUCUGCUUCAGGCCCCUGAGAUACUCUAGGGAAGAGGAGCCCCCCAAAGUUGGGGGGCCGCUGCCCUGAUGCACCCCAGCUGCUGUCAGUGGGGCCACACUGUGGCCUGUCCUCCUAGCUCACUUUGGUUGACCCUGGUGACGGAGCUGUGCCGUGGAGAUGCCCCUUUGGGAGGGCGCCAGCCUGGGGCUGGGUGUUGAACCCAAGGCAGCAGGCCCGGCUGCUGCUGCCAGACCUGAUCAGUCGUGGAGGCAGGGCAGAGGGCUUGGGUUUCCUCUUAAUGCCUGUGAGACACCUGUGACGACACGUUCUUCCAGCCCAGGCUGUGCUCUGCCUGUGGGGAGCCCGCCUGCGGCCCGGGAGCCAGCUUUUCAGCCUGUAAAAACAUGGGGUGUGUGUCCCAGCAGCUGUGAGCAAGUGAGGGGGUGGCAAGCUGGCCACACAGGUCCUGUGGCCUGGGAUCUCCUCCCUACCCAAUGGGCAGCUGGGGGCAGGCCACAGCCACAGAUUAAAGGCCGCCCAGAGCAGCCUGUGUGAGACAGGUGUCCAGUAGCCCAAGAACCCAGCCAGCAGCUGCUGCAGCUAUAGGCUUCCCUGUCUCUGUGAAAACCAUCACCAUGUCCAAGCGACCUCGGGCCGAGACGUUUGUCUUUCUGGACCUGGAAGCCACUGGGCUCCCCAGCGUGGACCCUGAGAUCGCCGAGCUCUCCCUGUUCGCAGUCCACCGGUCCUCCCUGGAGGACCUCAAGUGCGAUGAGUCUGGGGCCCCCCUGCCACCCCGGGUCAUGGACAAGCUCACACUGUGCAUGAGCCCAGAGCGCCCCUUCACUGCCAAGGCCAGUGAGAUUACCGGCCUGAGCCGCGAGGGCCUGGGCAGGUGCGGGAAGGCUGGCUUUGACAGCACCGUGGUACAGAUGCUGCAGGCCUUCCUGAGCCGCCAGGAGGGCCCUGUGUGCCUGGUGGCCCACAAUGGCUUCGAUUACGACUUCCCCCUGCUCUGCACAGAGCUGCGGCGCCUGGGGGCCCACCUGCCCCAGGACACUGUCUGCCUGGACACGCUUGCGGCACUGCAGGGCCUGGACCGUGCCCACAGCCAUGGCACUCGGGCCCAGGGCGGUAAGAGCUACAGCUUGGGCAGCCUCUUCCGUCGCUACUUCCAGGCGGAGCCGAGCGCGGCCCACUCUGCUGAGGGCGAUGUGCACACCCUGCUCAUGGUCUUCCUGCACCGCGCCACUGAGCUGCUUGCCUGGGCCGACAAGCAGGCGCUCAGCUGGGCCCACGUGGAGCCCAUGUAUGUGCCACCCGAUGGCUCGAGGCCUGAACCAGGGGCUCAAUGAUGCUGCCACCCAGGGCGACGAGGCCCCAGUGCCUGCAGCAGGGCAGCACCAGCAUCUGUGCUAUUCAGCCGGGCCCAGACGCCUGCCAGGCUUUACCCCAUUCUGGCCCAACCAGCCUCGCAGCCCUAAAGCCUUCUCCUGGCCUCUUCCCUGGCCCGGGUGCCAGGGGAGUUGGUUGCUGCUGGCACCCACCUGUCACCCCGUCUUUCAAUAAACAUUGACCACUGCUCA